GUUGACUAUGACGUAUACAUACUUCGUAAGGCUGCCCUUGACAUUCAACGAACAGCAUCUUGACUUCUUACACAGUCAACCCAAUUUUAAAAGCAUUGGUGCCACUGCAUUUGAAAUAAGACAUUGCGUUCUUAUCUCACUACCCCACCAUUGCGCCCCCUCAGCGCCCAACUCCGUCGCGGAUCGCGCCCCACCAACUCUCAUCCUUCCCGUCAUUGAGCUAGUCGCCACUCGGGCUCAAUCGCGUGCAUGCACGAGAUCACUUUUAGACACUCGCCCCGCUAUGCCUAGGACUUUAGCAACUAGAGAUGCAGCCCUAGAGAGUCGCAAGGCAAACGUGGCAGUUGCGAACGGGCAUGCGCGCUCUUGCGUGCGAGCUGUGGGUCUCGUUGAGAGAAACAUAAGUCGAAGCUCGUCCCUGAUCCCUGGUAUCUUCACCUCAUCACACACCCCCUAUCCGUAAACAGCGAUAAUGCCAAAGCGUGCGCUCUGCUCAUACGGCAUCGACAUCGACGCUGUUUCUGGCUGGAUAAAUACACGUGACGGCAAGCCCGCCAACCCGACUGAUAUUUCCCGUGGAGUUUUCGGCGCUACAGUCGGCAUCGACCGCCUCUUGAAGCUAUGGGACAAGUACAACAUCAAGACGACAUGGUUCACGCCCGCGCACUCCGCGGAAUCGUUCCCAGCUCAGAUCCGCAAGAUUGUUGAGAAGGGGCACGAAAUCGGGUUGCAUGGAUACACGCAUGAAUUUGUGUCUACUCUAAGUGAACAGCAGCAGCGUGAUGUGUUGGAGAGGAGCAUCAGAGUCUUGACGGAGAUCACCGGGAAGAGGCCCAGGGGCUGGACAGCGCCGGCCUGGAGCACAAGCAAGGAGACGGUGAAGCUACUAGAGGAGUUUGGAAUCGAGUACGACCACUCGUUCAUGCACCACGACUCGCAGCCUUACUACGUCCCCGACCCCUCCCUCUCCACACACACCGAGACCGACGUCUCCAAGCCCGCAUCCCACUGGAUGUCCCCCAUGAGCACGCUCAAGCCAUCCUCAGUGGUAGAAAUCCCUGCAAAUUGGCACCUCGACGACUGGCCUCCAUUCCAGCUUUCGCUCUCUCAGGCUUCGACGCACGGAUUCGUUGACACAGCGGUCAUUGAGAGGCUUUGGAAAGAGCAAUUCGAGUACUUUUACCGCGAGUGUCCCGAAGAUGGUAGCUUUGUGUUUCCGAUCAGU